AAGCGGAGGGUGGCGAGCGAGCGCUCGCUGAGUCCGCGGGAGUCCGGGCAGUGGGGCAGCCGGGCGCGCGGGGCGGGCGGCGAGCGGAGCCGGCCGGAGCAGGCCGGGCAGCGGCCGCCGCCGUCCCGGAGCGCGCGGGCGGGCGCAGGCGGGCCGGAGGAUGGAGCUGAACUCCCUGCUGAUCCUGCUGGAGGCGGCCGAGUACCUGGAGCGCAGGGACCGAGAGGCCGAGCAUGGUUACGCCUCGGUGCUGCCCUUCGACGGCGACUUCGCCAGGAAGAAAACAAAGGCGGCCGGCCUGGUGCGCAAGGCCCCGAACAACAGGUCUUCACACAACGAACUAGAAAAGCACAGACGAGCCAAACUCAGGCUGUACCUGGAGCAGCUGAAGCAGCUCGUGCCCCUGGGCCCCGACAGCACCCGCCACACCACGCUGAGCCUCCUCAAGCGCGCCAAGACGCACAUCAAGAAACUGGAGGAGCAGGACCGCAGGGCGCUGAGCAUCAAGGAGCAGCUGCAGCGAGAACACCGCUUCCUGAAGCGGCGCCUGGAGCAGCUGUCCCUGCAGAGCCUGGAGCGCGUCCGCACGGACAGCACGGGCUCCGCAGUCUCCACGGACGACUCGGAGCAAGAAGUGGACGUCGAGGGCAUGGAGUUCGGCCCUGGCGAGCUGGACAGUGUUGGCAGCAACAGUGACGUGGAUGACCACUACAGCCUGCAGAGUGGCGGCUACGGGCCCCCCUGCCGGCGGCCCGCCCGCCCUGCCCUCUCGUAGGCCUGGCGCCCUGUGCUCCCGGCCCGCCUGCUGCCCAGCCAAGCGCGUCAGCCUUCCAGCCCUCUCCAGCCUCUCCACGGGCCCGCCGCUGUGCCAUUCUGGAAGCGCCAGCAGCCGCCUGGGCUGCCCACCUCCACCCGCCUGCCGGUCAGGGCCCACCUCGCCGCCCGCCCCUCCCAGCCGGGCAGGGCCCCCUGCAGGGAGGCGGGCCCAGCUCCCGCGUCCCGGAGCCCGGCAUAGCCACCCAUGGUCUGUUCUCAGAUUCCUAAUCAUUCCAGAAGUAUUAAAUGUCAUUGCUGCAAACCUCGGCGGGCGCCGUGUAAGGGGCUUAAUGACCACCGUGGGGUGCUCAGACCCCACCCCGGAUCCCCGGAGAAAGAAGUGGACCGAGGAAGGAAGGAAGGCGUGGCUCUCCAUCCGUCCAUCUGUCCAUCGGUCCGUUGGUCCGCGUAGGCUCCUGAAGCAUGGACAGAGAGAUCCAUGAAGGGCGGGACUCGGGUGAGCACCCUGGGGCAGGAGCGGGGGGAGGGGCCGCAGACCAGCGGGUCAGGAGCCAGGGCGGGGCUCCUGGGGUGGGCGGGGCCAGCCCACACCCAGCUGGGCAGCUUCUGCUCUGUCAGGUCCCUGGGGCAUACAUGCGCAUGCACCUAGGUACGUGUGCCCCCCCACUCGCACACGUGCAGUCACGUGUGGUCACCAGACGCAGAGGGGCCCUGGGACGGUUCGUCUUUGGGCCACCCGAGCCGACGCUGACCCCUGGCCUGUGCUUGGUUCCCUUCCCACCUCCACUCACCUGCCCAGUCGUCACCGGAAGGGACUGCUCCUCCCAGCAAGGGCCAGGGUGUGUGUGGGGGCCUGCAAACGGAAGCCCCUGGGUCUUUGGGGAUUUCUGGUCUCCCGUUUUUUAAAAAAGCAAAAAACAGACAGACAAAUGGCCGCCUGGCCCAGAGCAGGGCUCUCCGGAGGGAGGCUUCCCCAAAAGACAAAAAGACCGUUUUUUAAAAGAAGUGGCAGCCCUCGGGACCGUGGGUGCACCGUCCGCGCGUGCGGCCUCUCUUUCCCGAACGAGAUUUUUGUACUCUAUUUUCCUAGCCGUCCUUGCGUCCUAGUUUGCGGAGGGGUGGGAGCGACCCAGCGUCUCAGGGACUCGCCCGUCUGUCACCAACAUCCAAGUGUGCCUUGCGUCCAGUGUCUGGCCCCGCCCCCCCACCAGCGCCUCCCCCGGAAGCCCCCCAGCUUGCCCACCAGGUGUCCUCCUGGCCCCUCCCUGGAGAGAAGCCCCUCCCAGCAGCCGCAGCCUCCUGGGAGUGAGGCUGCAGGGCCAGGUUCAGGGCUGCUUUCUGUCACCUGUCAGGAGGAGCUAAGACUGGGCCCCCAGUGUCACCUGCCCCUAUGGUUGGCAGGGACCUGUUGUGCAGCCUGGCCUCCAGGCCCAGGGGCUGGGGCGGCCUGCUAACCUGUAUUCAGCUUGUACCCCCACUCCGGCACCCCCCGCUCCCCUGCCUGGGGCGGGGGUUCCAGACUUGAGACCUUGGCAGCUAAGAAGGCAGCGUUCACCCGGCGGGGGGUGGGGGGUCAGGCCUGAGCACACAGCUUCUCCUGAUCUUUCUUUCUGAAGUCCUUGUCCCCAGGGACCACCCAGCAGUACGUAGGCGGUGGACGGUGGGCUGACCCACAGCAGCGUCUGCCUCCCCCUCUGGUGCAUUGUAACUGAUUUCCAUAUUGUAUUUGUCUUCAGUCGCGCCAAGAGACGCCCCAGGGUGUGUGGCCUACUGGGGCAGAAGGAGUCCCUGGAGACAGCUCUGGCACAGAACCUGCCCUGGGGCUCGGGAGGAGGGGCGAAAGCAGGCCUACGGGUCAGGGCUGGGGUCCUAAGGAAACUGUGCUGUUGGUGCCCCCGUCCAGCUGCGCUGGGGGCCCGGGGCACCCUGGGGACCUCUCCGGUCUGCCCGAGUGAGACCACUCCCUCCCUGCGUGUGCCUCUCGAGCACCUCACGCCCUCGGAGAAGAGGGAGCACACUGCAGUGGAGCCUGCUUCAGGGCGCUCCAGUGAGGCUCUGGGAUGGCCUGUGUCCUGAGCCCUCAGAGCACCGGCUCGCCACCCUGCCCCUAGCGCCUGGGGAGGUUCUGCUCCCACCUCGGGCCUCAGCACCUGAGCCGGUGACCAGCGGUGGCCCUCGGCCCCCUGUACUGGCAGCUCUGCCCAUGGCUUCUCAGGCCGUGGUUCCCAAGUGGGCCGGGGAGGUGGCCUCGCUGGGCACCCGGGGGCUGCGGUCCCGGCUGCUCCUCCCUGGCCCGCAGUUGUGAGGGGUGGUCCGCAGGGCCAGGGUCCAGUGCUGGGAGCCGCACAUCCCUUCCCCCUCUGUCCGGCGCCCUACCAUCGCACAGGCUGGCUGUUGCUGGCGGCCACGGGCACCCAGGGAGGGCCUGCGGAGGCCACGCUGGGUGGUUCGGAGCUCACCUCAGCGUCGUCAGGCCCACAGAGCGCCCACGGGGCCAGGUCAGGGCCACAGGGGCUGCACCUCUCUCCCCUCAUGCCCUCCCGUGCCCUUGUGGGCCACCGUGGCCCUCGGUGGCUGCGGCCCUGGAACCCCAGGCUCAGGUUUGGUCGCCGCCCUGCUUGGGCGGUGGCCCACACUCCUGGCCUGCACUCUGGCGUAGGCCCCACUGGCUGGGGAGGCUGUAGGCAGGCUCUCCCUCCUCGGAGCCUCGGGCCCGCCCCUGCAGGUUGGGACUCAGAGGCCCGGUGCCCGAGCCCACUUUGCUGGGCAGAUGGCACUCUGCACCCAACAGUGGCCCCAAGGCCCCCCCCGCCUGCCCUAGACAAUCCCAUCUGCCGGGCCAGGCGGGCUUCCCCCACUCCCCACCCCUGCUUCUCUCUGCGCCAGCCAGCCCAGGGCCCCCGCCCCACCACCGCGCCCGCAGGACUCUGACCCCAGGCCGCAGCCAGGGCACUAGGGCAGGUUCCGUGCCAGAGUCUGGGGCUGCCCGGAAGGCCUGGCAUGGACCAGGUGGGCACAUGACAAGACCCUCGCUGGAGAGAGACAGGUCACUCGUCCACCUGCUCGCUGGGAGGGGCUGUGCUGUACCAUUCUGUCUUUGUAAUAUAAAUACAGAUUUUUAUACCUCUCC